CAUUUUUGUCAAUUUUGACUGGACGGGACGGGGCGUGCUCCUGCUGCUGGCGUGUGUCAGUUCACGAGCGUGCUCUGCUGCUCCCCCCUCCCUGCGCUCCAAACUUCCAUCUGCUCGGCUUCUCCCCUUCCACCUCCUCUGCCGUUCUGGUUGCGUUCCUCUCCGCUAGAUCUGCGAGGAUCACAGCAUUGGAUUUGCUGACCGACGAGAAGGGCUGGGCUCAUGUCGCGAGAACUGGAACGUGCGGCAAUGGCGGCCCGUGAGGUUCCGACGCCCUUGUCCUCCGCUGUUCUUCUUCCGCCGGCCAAAAGGAUGAAGCGAGAUCCGAGUUGUUCGGAACCCUCGCCCGCCGGCUGGUCCACGCUCCCGGAUGACCUCGUCCGCCGCAUCGCCGACUCCUUCCUCGUCAACAACGACCUGGACUACUACAUGUCCGUCCGCGGCGUCUGCCCCAGCUGGCGCGCCGCCACUGACGACCCCAGCAGCGACACCCGGGACCCCCGCUUCCAUCCGCGCGGGUGGGUCGUCCUGGACGAGGACUUCCAGGGCGACGGCAGGCGGGUGUUGCUCAACACCCUCACCGGCCGCUUCCUCCGCAAGAAGCUGCCGGUGCUGCUGGAUUACUACGUCAUGGGCACCAGUGGCGGCUUCUUCGUUCUGGCAGACAAGAGUCCUCCUCACACCGCUCAUGUCUUGAAUCCUCUCACCUGCUGCAUGGUCCGUUUCGCGGCGCCCGUGCCCCACAUGGUGGUGCUCUCUGAAGUUGACUCCUCGCUGGGGCUCGCCCUGUUCUGCGACUCAUCUCGUAGGAUUUACAGGGCCGCGCCUGACAGUGAAAGUUUCGUCGCCGUCAAGACCAAGUCCAAAAAGGCAGCGGUUUACGAUUGCUUCCGCAAGGCGGCCGUAGGUGGUGUCUAUGCAGAAAUCAGUGGCUUGAAAUCAACCAUAUUAGCUGAGAUGAUUGCAUUUUUACCCAUGUUUAUGCGGAUAGGAGCACAGAUGCAAAAUAGAGGAUUGGAGAACAUCAAUUUUUCCGACGAUCCUCAUACAGAUGUGAAGGAUAUCCAGAGUUCCCUGGUGGUUUUAUCUGGACAGAUGUUGCUCGUCUCGGGUGCACCCGUUCCGUUUGUUUCCCAAGUGGACAUGGAUGCAGCUACGUUGCAUCCUUUGAGGAGCAUCGGCAGAUUUGCCAUCUUCAUCAGUAAUCGGAGGUGCCUAGCUGUGGACACUGACAUGUUCCGGUCGAUUGAGGCAAACUGUGUCUACUUCAUUCAGCUUCUGGGUUCGUCUGCUUAUAUCUGCAAGUCCAACAUCGAGGACAGGAAAGUACAGAGGAUCUCUGAGAAUCCAGAUUUCGUGAAGCAGGGCAAGCGGUUUGUCCUCAUCGCUUGCCGUCCUGUGACGGUCAUCCAGCUUCUAUCGAGCUACACAAUCAAUAUCCCGGAUUCUCAGCUGGCAUGGCAACAGAUGCUAUAAGGCGCCCGGCAGAUCUUCAUUCAGCCCCUGGGAUAGUGAUCUUGAUGGCUAACCGACAAGGCUAUGCUUUUGCGAAGUAACUGCUCCUGUCUUUUAUUGUUUUGUUAUUUUGGACAUGCCUUGCCUUGUCACGGUUAAGAAACAGGUUGAUUGAAGGUUAGAUCACCUGUAGUGGAACUACUGUUUGCUGUCUUAAUUAGUAGGUACUUGGUAUCAACCUAAUGCUACACCUACUGUGCUUGAUGCUA